UUAAUGUAAUAUUACAUUGCAAUAUGUAAUAUUACCGCAAUAUUAUAAUAUUACUGAUAUAUUACGUGAUAUUAUGUGCUAUGUGGGUUAUUACCCACGCAAAAAUUUCCAGAUAACCUCUUCUGUCAGAUAAGAAAGUAUUAAGAGGUUAUCUGGAAAUUUUUGUGUGUCGCUAUGAGUAAAUCGAUGUGAUGAGAGAUCUGUAACAAGUAAUAAGUAAAGUAUUCUUUCGAGAAUAAGAGUGUGUUCAUGAAUCAGUGCAAUCGACUAUUCAAUUUUCGAGGUCUCUUGUGAUAUCCAUUGUGCUGCAACUCAGUUGGAUACAAUAAUAUCAUCAGCGACUGAUAUGGAAAACAUUAAACCUAUUCCUUCGCUGGAGUCAAUAUCCAUACAAGAGUUAUAUGACAACUGGGAGCAAAAUGCUCCGAAGAUUAAGUUUGGUGAACAUCAACUUUUCUAUGAUAUAAUUGGAGAUGUCGGCGAAUUUUUGCUUGAGAAAGCCAAGAAGGAAUUACGGGAGACGCCAGAAGUUGUUGCCAAAGGUUUCAAGGAAUUGAAAGAAUUAAUUUCAGAGGAACCUGAUCUGCAUGUACCGAAAGACAUGGAGGACUUCCUCAUAGUAUUCUUGCGUCCAUGCAAAUGGUAUGCUGAGAGCGCUUUUUCACUAAUGCAACGGUAUUACCGAUUCCGUCAAACCUAUUCACACCUAUAUAAAGAUUUGUCUAUCAGUAAAGAGAAAACUAUAAUGUGUGCCGGAUUGGUGUGGUUUUUGCCGCUUCGUACUAAAGAUGGAUGCAGAGUGGUAGUGUUCAAUUGUGGAAAAUGGGAUCCAAAGGAAAUAUCGGUCGAUCAAUGUAUUAGAGGCUGGUUAGUCAACGUUUUUAUGGCUUUUAUAGAAAACAAAACUCAGAUCGCGGGUGUGCAUUUUAUUUUAGACGUCGAAGGUACAUCUUUUAGUCAGUUAAGGCACGCCACCGUGCCCUUGCUCAGAAUGUUGUCACAUUUUUUACAGAGAUGUAUGCCCUUUCGUAUCAAAGGUGUGCACCUUGUGAAUCAAUCUCGUGUCGUCAACGUAGCACUCGCGUUGAUGAAACCUUUCAUGGAGGAGAAAUAUCGUAAACGGAUUUACACUCAUGGGAUAAACUGGGAGUCCUUAAUGACUCACAUAGAUAAAAGGGCAUUGCCCAAGAAAUAUGGGGGUGAAAUAGAAAUGCCCGAAGAACAAUACUGUGUUACAUUAUGGCAGAGUUUGCUUUAUUUCGAACCUGCGUUUGUAGGUGAACUGCAAUAUGAAUACAAAACUGAUAAAGAUAAGAUGUAACAGCUGCGAAAAUUGUCCGGUCAAUAUGUUACCAUCGUUAUUAUGGUCAUUAUGAUUAUCAACUGUAGCAUAAACGUACCUAAUAUCGUCUAACAAAAUUAAAUCUCAAUUGAAGGCUAUGUAAUAGUUUUGUUUGUAUGUAGUUUCGAAUAAGAAAGGAAACAUUUCUAUUUUAUUUGCAAUAGAUUAGAACGGUUAAAAUCUAAAGAUUUUAAAUUUUGUUUGAAGACAAACAAAAAUAGUAAAAAUCGGGAAAUUAAUCAAUGCAUGUA